AUGGGUGUCAAGAAACCCAGCCAGUUCGUCGAGGAGUUCGUUGCAGCUGCUAGUGCUGAUGGCCUGACUCCCGUCAUCAUGAUCGACGAAGCUAGCAUAGCCUUUCCUGACGGCAAUGGUGGCAACGGGAAUGGUAGGAAGGCUGCAGCGGAAGCUGCCCUCGCCCUCUUCGUGGCUAUCAGCAAGCAGCAGGAGAAGGCUUGCGUGGUCCUGGUGGCCUCCGAGUACGCCUUCCCUUACCGGAUCGAGAAGCUGGGUAGGGGCAAGUACGACUCGCUAAACAUCAUCGUGGCACCCGAAGUUGAGGAGGUAGCCAUGAUCGAGAUGCUGACGAAGUGGGGCAUGCCAUCGGACCUUGCCAAGGCGUUCUACGACAACUUUGGUGGCGACAUCUUCUUGUGCAGCCAGGCACUCUCGAAGCUCACCGUGGAGUUCAGCCUGGGUGAGGAAGUGGACUUUGACCCAUGGCGCAUGCGGGACAACUUCGGCCUCGACGACUUGGUGAUGGACAACCUCACCCGUCAGCACAUGGAGAACAUGGCAAAGCAAGGUUGGUCGCCCAUUGAAGGAGGCGACGCCAAGACUGAGACACCGAGCCAGUCGGCAGCCAGGGCAAUCGUCAAGAUGAACUUCGGCGCGGUCAUUGGGGGACAAACCACCUUGUUCGGCCAUCUUGGAAGUCUCAAGAAGCAGAUGUUCGAGGACGCCACCACUCAGCAGGUGUUGAUCCCCACCACGCAAUACAUGCGGAAGUGCAUCCAGAAGAUGGUUGAGGCAGUCAAGCAGAAGAAGGAGGAGGCAGCCCGGCAGGAGUCCUAUUGA